CUAGCCGUGAAAUCGUGACAAAAAGCAAAUAAGUUGGCGUUGUAACAUCUCCAACCGAUCGACAGGCGUUCGCAUUUGCAUUGCCGACGAAAUGCCAAUCAGUCGCUCCAUAGCUCGGUCUACGCUUGGUUUAAUACCAAACGUUUAAUUAGUGUUUUGUGUACUCGUAUAUGUUUAAAAAUUGAUUACCAUGAAAAGCAGAUCGUGGACACUGCCACGCCUCACCCAAUCGAGUGUGCCCACCCAUGAUCUCCUGGGAUCUGUGCGUUUGACCUAUGCCAUAUGCGCCUUCUUGUCGACAUGCCUCCAUGCUGCCAUGAGGAACAUGCUCGGCAUGAUUAUCCUCAAAAUGGUUAUGCCACGACCGGAGGAUGCCCUUAUUAAUGCACUGUUUCGAUUGGCGGAGAGCAAUAUCACCUCUACGGGAAAAUGUGGAUCCUCUAGGGUUGUUUUAAAUCCACUGAUUGAAGAAACUCAGUCUGGCGACUUACCAUGGACUCGAAAACAGGAGCUGGCUUUUCCGGGAGUCUACUACUAUGGCUACGUGGUCUCUAUCUCGUUGUCCGGUUAUCUGGCAGACCGAUGCAGCAGCAAGAUAUUAUUUAUAGUUUCUCUGAUCUGCGAGGCAGUGGGCUAUAUCUUGCUUCCAAUGAUGGCUCACUUCAGUUUCGAGACGGCAGUUGUUGUCCUGGUCAUAUGUGGACUAUCGGCGGGCUCCGGAAAUCCUGCGAUGUACAAACUAUUUGUCACAUGGGCUCAUCCUACAGAGCGAACGGCGCUCUUGUCGUUCGCCUAUAGUGGACUGCUAAUGGGAUCCAUGUUGGUCUACCCAGUGGCCAAUUAUUUGAGCAACUUUGGCUGGGAGCUGUCUUUCUAUGUAGUCGGUGGGGUUGCACUUUUUUUUGGCAUCGCCUGCUGCUUUCUCAUAUACGAUACUUUGGAUAAGCAUCCACGGAUCUCAGAUGAGGAGGUGGAUUACCUGAAGCAAGAAAAGAGUCAUGAGGGACUCCAGGAACAGCAAGUACUAAAAGUUCCCUGGAAGCACCUGCUAAUGGCUCCACCAGCAUAUGCUUUCGUCCUGACCCACAUGUUCCACACCUACACCUUCCUGGUCAUCACUCAGCUGAUGCCGCGAUUUAUGCGCGAGGCUAUGGAAUUUGAAAUGCGAGAAGUGGGCUUUCUUUCGGCAGCUCCAUAUCUGGGAGGUAUCUGUUCGAAGGUGUUAUGCAUUGUGGGUGGCAGCUACGUCGAAAGAAAAGUGGGUAGCGAUCAAAGCUGUAUGCGGAGAAUGCUGUAUGGAAUAUGCAGCAUUUUGACAACGUCUUUGAUUGGAGUCAUCAUCCUGGCUGACUGCGGUAACAAAAUAUUGGUCCUAGUGAUGUUUGCUUUAGUGAUGGCUUCUACGGAUAUGGGAUUUAGUGGCUACUGGCCAACGCUGCUCUACUUUGCUCCUUCCUUCGCGGGAUUACUUUCGGGAUUGGCGAAUGGAAUGGCCCAUCUUUCCGGAUUCCUAGCACCUUAUCUAGUCGCCGCUCUGGUGCAUACUGGUAGCAAAGAAGAGUGGAAUGUGGUACUGAUUUCACUGAUUGCCUUUAAUAUGAUGGCUAUGUUGGUUUUUGGAUUCUGCAGCAGUACAAACCUGCAACCUUGGGAUCCUCGCAGCGAAAAGGAGAAAACAAGAUCCCCUCCAGAAAACGGAAUCAAUAGUUAGCUGUACUUUUAUGUAUUUAUGUUUUAUUUGCUUUUACUUUUUUGCAUUUUAAAUUCGCGGAAUACAUGU